GGCUUCAGGUCUUUGAGGAUUCUUACAAGAGCAGCAAUGAUGGGUACGUCUAUUGCUAUGGAAAUAUUGACGCUGAGUUUCAACUUCAUUUGGAUCACAACCAUAUUGAAAAGUCUGAAAUGCUCAGAACUCUGGCAGUUUCUACAGGUGUCUCUACGAAGGGCUUGGAGUUGACAAUGUAUAGCUAUAUGUUUUGUUUGGUGGCAUCGGUUACAGGUAUUAUAAGGGCAAUUAGCAAAGAGAUGCUCGGGGAUUUGCAAUUACCACAUACUCGACGAGAGGUG